CCACACCUGAAGCUGGUCACGAACCAGGGCAGGGGUUUUCACGUGAGAUGCAGAUACCAGACGCGCGACAAAGUCGUAACGAACGAUCAGACCCACGUGUCCAUGAUGCAGUCUCUGCCGUUGCAGGCGACCGCGCCAAUGCCGGGAUGCACGAUGAAGAUCUUCAGUGGCGAUCCAACGCAGCAUCACGUGGCGGAGAAUGUGAAGAUCGGCGAUCCCUUGACCCUGGUCAUUAGCAUCGACAAACAAGAGAUGUUCGGCUUGAAGAUCUCCGACUGCCUGGUACGCGACGGCCUCGGGUGGGGCGAGCAACGGCUCAUAAACGACGAGGGUUGUCCGGUCGACGGCGAGAUAAUGGGACAGUUCACCUACAACGAGGACAAAACGGAGGCCAGGGUGAACUUCCAGGCGCACAAGUUCCCGUACACGGCGAGCGUGUAUUAUCAGUGCAACGUUAGGCUGUGCGUCAAGCAUGGCGGAGGAUGCAGUAAUACGCCGCCGUUGUGCAAUUCGAUAGCCAGACGACGUAGGGAUACCGCAAAUGAGGACGAGGUGAAGGGUGUCGAAGGCCUAGACGGCACCCCGGCAACGAUCGAGGUUUAUAGUGGUCUUUACGUCAACGAGGCCUCAGACGUUGGCUCCAAGUCGGACUUCUCCGACGACGUCUUCCGAGAAAGGGCACUUGACGACCCAAACACUAUUUGCAUAUCGCAGAGGAGCUUCGCUAUCGGGAUUGCCGUCGCCGGUCUCAUCCUCAUGCUGGCGGUGGUAGCUGCCAUCCUGGUACUGCUCGCCAAGAGACGGCACAAGAGCGUAUCCACGACGGGAUCGUCCAUCUACAGUGGACCGUACACGAAUACCGCUUACAGCCACAGUAGCUAAGCCCGCCUCGUUCGGCGCGAGAUUGAGAUACCCGAGACACCCCGACCUGGAAGAUACCCGCGUUCCGCCGGCUUCUUUCCCUCCGUAGCGACGCGGGAUCUCGGGCGGGCCAAUCAGGCGGGUCUUCUCGGGCAGGCUCGAUCGAACGAAGAUUAAUUUAGAUUUUAAUUGCUUUCGACGCGAGGUCGAUUCUGAGGCGACGAUCGAAGCCACCGCGCGCCCGAGGUUCGACAGAGCGAAACGAACGAAACGCGGAUCUCUUGCUCAACUAUUGACGUACUGUUGUACCCCUUUCGACGCUUCGCACGACGGCCUCGGCGAUGUUUCAAGGUAUUUAGGGAACUGACGAUAUAGUUCGAUCCUGGAUAUCAAUCUCCUAUCUCUUCCUCCCUCUCCUUUCGAACGGAAAAGUUUUACAGCGGUUUUUAUAAUUCAUAAAGUUGAAUUUAUAACGAAGAAUUCACGUCCAGUUUCAGUGGUGCAAUAUUUGAAUUAGAUAAAAAUAAAAAGAACAAAUCGAAAGGUAUAAAAUUUCUCGUGUAAUAAAAAUUAUAGCACGUUGCAAGCAAUAUCGUAGAAUAAAUUACAUAAUUAGAUUCUUAUAAAAAAAGAAAGAUGCACUUUAUAUACAUCGGUGCUUUCUGUGCGCAUUAUUAAGACCUAUCUCGAACAAGAUAACUUCGAGAACAAUCCGUCCAAUUUGCUACUUCAGUCGUGAUUGAAGUAAUAACUAUUCCGUCCAAGCUAUAUAUAUAUUAGCGAAACCCUUACUAUUUGCUCCGAUCGCGAACGUCUAACGAAUCGACAUGGCUCAUUCCGUCGAGAGUUGCAUCAUUCUAAUAUAUAUUAUAUAUCUAAUAUACUAUGCUGUACACUAGUCCGGUAUACACUGUCCUACCUAACACAUAUCUAUCGCACUAAACACACAGUCGCGCGUACGCGAAAACAUCAAGUCGCGGUUGUCUCUCGACGAUUUAACACGAUUGUCGCGCGCAAACUCACUCUUAACUAGAUUUAAGUCUAAGUCAACGCUACGCGUGAACUUCUCAAAUAACUCAAUCAAAUACUCCGGUGAUCCCCGCGUGCGAUCGUUGAUGUUUCCGACGCCGAUAUCUUUGCGCUUUUCUCUAAUACGGUUUCCAACUUGAAACCUUUCUUCGAAUGAAAAACGAAUCGACAUGCGUGCGUGCGAACACUUUAAAUCAUUCACACACACGACGUAAUACGCAUAGAGAACAAUCCAGCGUUUUCGAAAAUCGCAAAAACGCAGCAGAUUGUUACAACUCAUAUUUUUAGUUCUUCUUGACUAGAUAAAUCAAUAGCAAUGACGGCUUGCUAAUUGCAUUAUGUACAACUUGCUGCAAAUGUAUCAGCGGCAACGGCUCAACUCUGAAAGCGUAAUCGGAAAUGCAUCUGCGAUGAAGCUUAAAGAAAAUUGUAAAAGGACGCAACCAAGAUCUAAUACGAUGUGUGCAUGUGUCGGUUAUUAUAAGCUUCCGAUAAAGCUGCGUGUGAACGGAUCAUCGCCCGUCGUAAAGACGCAAAGUAAUCAUAAUUAACUGCUGUAGAAACAAGUCAAUUAAAAAUCCCCAGAUCACCUACCCCUCCAUAUAAAUUAUUCCGACGUCUACGACCAUGCGAUACUCGAAUGAAUGCGACGUGUGCGAGCGCUCAGUAUAUUCAGAUUGUAAUUCACUUAUAACGCUUAAACAUUAAUGUUAAUUAGUCUAAUUGAGACGAGGCACUGCUCCAACGUCGGUAUCUCCCGGAUUGUUCGAGAGUGAUUGUUCACGAAGCAAGUAACAUCCAAUGUUCUCUUAACGAUAGAUGCGCGCUUCGAACGGUUCCAAUCCGAAUCCGGCUUAUCCGGAUUUAAUUAAAAACGUGGGAAAAUGUAGCAGGGACGCCAGGAAUACCGACGUCGCGGCAGCUCGGGGCGUUUAGAUAUUAAUUGACGAAGACAAGGGAGCUCUACUGCCAACGCAGUCGCGUAACUGGGUCCAACGUGGUGGUGGGUACAUGACAUGUAAAAUUUUACAUUUAGAGAGAAACCAACACCCGUAACGUAACUCGUUAACUUCUCGUCAAGCGCUAAUAUGCUACCGUGCAGGAACGGUGUGUUGUGGUAUAGUAGUUCUCUGGAAAUGACAAUGUAUAUUGCGACAGCUGUUCCGAAUGGACCCUGACGUGUCGAAUAAAACGCAACGCUAACACGCUUUAACAAAAGCGGAUGAGGCCCUGGCCGGUCUAAAAGCUGUCUACAGUGAUGGGCGUUAAAUCCUCCUUUUGAAAGUUUUCAAUCACAUGAUAUUGAGUUGCUUUGAAUAUUCGUGAUUGGAAAUUUUUGAAUAGUAAAUGUCCGCAAAUCUGCCCUUAAAAACAUUUGAACAUUUGAAACAUUUAGAUCCUUUAAAAAUAAGAUUGUUAUGUCUAUGAAAGUGUCAUGGAUUGAAAUAAUAAGGUAUUGCAAAACAAAGUAAUGCAUUCAAGAUAUUCAGGGAUCUUUUGGUUUUGAAUAAUGUUCGAAUUUUCGUUACAUAUUGUAAAUGAUUGAGCCCAUCGUCAUCCGUUUUAUGUGCGCAUAAACAGCUGUAUGCAAAGCGUCGUUAAAAGGUGUCUUAAAAAUCGCUACAUAGCAGAAAAUUAUAGAUUUUAACAAACGACACGUAGUAGAUGCGUUUCCCAGCGUUUUCUCGAGUCUCUCGCGUGCGUAGGUGCGGGCCUUCGGAUGAUACGCACGAAUUUACGUUUACUCAAAGGCAGGAUACUAUUAUUUCCAUUUGUACCAUAACGAAGUACGAUAACACGGUAAAAUGGCUUCCAGUCCUUCUAGUACUAUCCCUCUCGAAAAGUGCAAUAACUUCGAAGCGUCCCGUGGGUCCCGCGGAAUUUCUGUCGAGGGUUGGAAUCGCUCGGCGAACGGAUCGCGCGUGAUCCCUCGCCGCGCCAUGGCACUGGUUCAUAGCGAUCAUUGGGGAUGAAAAAUACCUGUAUAAAAUUUCUUUUUUUCUCGCGUUACAAGGUAACGCGGGGUCCCGAUACUCCCGCAAUGUUCCUCUGGACCCUUGUCAAAAGAAUCUACAACGAAUCUGUGUAAAUAACGAAAAACCUAAUAAAACUGGUAAUUGUAA